AUCCACAAAUUCACUCGUACAUUUCGUAUUUGCUAAGUAAAGUGUAAAAAAAAAGGUCGCUCAUUCAUUGGUAAAGCUCCGACUCCGGUGUCUUUUUUUUCCUUUCGUCGAACCGCGCGUAUUUCGGCAAAAUGUAACAUAAAUAUGAACCGAUGGUUACAAAACACUUUGAAUACCACGAAACUCGUCAACGUGUCCAAUGUACGUGUCCAAUUAGAAGAAGACCUCACACCGAUUUUACAAAAAGCUAAAGAAAACGUCGACAGUAAAUGGGGCAGAAUUAUUAAAAGCAACGCCAAAUUAUCCGAUUUCGAAAUAAUCAAAACAUUGGGCCAAGGUUCGUUCAGCAAAGUGAUGCUGGUACGUCACUUGAAAGGUAAUCGAGAUUUUUUCGCCAUGAAAGUGAUGCCGAAACGACACAUCGUUCGCGAAAACAACGUCGACCACGUAAUAAUGGAGAAGCGAAUUCUAUCUUGUAUAAAAUAUCCGUUUAUUAUCGACUACGUAGCACAUUUUAAAAACAACGCUAAUCUAUUCAUCGUAUUGGAGUAUUGCGUCGGCGGCGAAAUGCACGUGCACCUGAAACGUCAACAAAAAUUCGAAGAAAAACUAUGUAAAUUUUACGCCGCCCAAGUUGUGCUCGCUUUAGAGUACCUGCACUUCGUCGGUAUCAUAUUCCGUGAUCUGAAACCGGAGAAUAUAGUCAUCGAUCGAAACGGCUACCUUAAAAUCACCGAUUUCGGUUUCGCUAAGAAAAUCGAUCGCAAAAAAACCAAAACUAUUUGCGGCACGCCCGAAUACUACGCUCCCGAGAUACUGAAAAAAAUGCAAUACUCGUACCCGGUCGACUGGUACACGUUGGGAAUUCUCAUCUACGAAAUGACUUCCGGUCGUCCACCCUACAGAUCGUCUAACAUGGUAAGGUUAUUCCAGCAAAUACUCGACGGACAGAUGAAGAUGCCGAGCCAUUUUAGUCCAGAAACAAUCGACAUUAUUCAAGCGCUGACUAAACAAAGCACAUCGCUAAGAUUAAGAACAGCUAAAGUCAUAAAAGCGCAUCAUUACUUUAGUACGGUUAAUUGGUCGCAGAUACAGAAGAAAACGGCUAAACCGCCGUUUGUGCCCGAAGUUCGAGGCGAAAGCGAUACGCAAAAUUUCGAUAGACAGACCGAAGAACCGCUGGAGGAGGAGAGCGAAGAGUUGUUUCAAGCUGAAUUCAAGGAUUUCUAAGUCUAUAGGUACGGUUUAAAUUUUAAGCUCGCAAUUUUAUCAUUUGUGUUCGUGUAUUAUCGUAUUUAAAUGAAUUUGUAUUAUAGUAUGUUUGAUUCCCCCAUAGUAAAAGUUACACGAAGUAGGUACCUAUUUUAUUGUUGUACGAGUGAUUGAAUCUUAUGUAUUCACUCGUAGGGGCUCGUAUGGUAUGGAACGUGCGCAAUUACGUAUGAAUUAUGUUCGCGAUAGUUAGGCGUAUGAAUGUUAUUGUUUAAUUUAUUAUACAGUCUCUAGUGUUUAUAUAUUAGGAUGGAAAUCAUUUCUGAAUUAAUAAAU